GUUACAUUCCCCUCGCAACUGUUUAAUGAUGGCCGUCGAUCAUUGGAAAACAAUUUAGCAUUUUCCUCGCUUUCCAGUAGUUUUUGGUCAUUUUACCAGUGUGGUAGUUAAGGAGGACCAUCCAUGAAUACUGCAAUAGCAAAGAAAACGCAGGAAACGUUAGGGAAGGUCAUUAAGAAACCUCCCCUAACCGAGAAAUUGCUGAGCAAGCCUCCAUUCCGAUUUCUUCAUGACAUCAUUACCGAGGUUGUCAAAAAUACUGGUUUUCUCAAAGGCUUGUACACGGCUGAUGAAAUGGACUCAGCUAAAGUCAAGGAAAAAGAAGCAAAGAUCCUUUUCCUGCAAAAAGCAAUCGACGUUGUAGGUAUGAUAAAUGGACAGCUGUCUGUGCGUCCAUUAAAAAUCGUGGCUGGCCAUGAACCAGAAAAGACAAAUGAGUUCUUACAAGCAAUUGGUAUGGCAGUUUUGAGCCAAAAAAGUAGCACUGAUGCAGUUAAAAAGGUGCUAGCAGGAGAAAAGCCUGGAAAAGAACCAAGGAAUGAAACAGGAAGUGGUUGUGGUAACAAAGAUAGGCAAAUCCUAGACACAUAUUUCUUUAUUUUGCUUUUUUUUAGAAUUGGUUCAGGAAAGCAAGUUGCAAGUGUUAUUGUUGAUGAUGGCAAGGAUCAAGAUGACGAGGAUGAUACUUUUGUCGUUGAAGAUCCAAAUGCAAUUCAAAGUGACGUAGACUUGGCUCCAGCAGGAGAAGUUGCAGAAGAUGAUGGUGAACAUGGUGGUCUUGUUAGGAAAAUUCUUGAAACAAAGAAAGAACUUGAAGGUGGUGGAAACCAAGAAGCAAGACCAAAACAGGAAAGACAAGCACCAAUCAUAUCUGAUGCUGCAAGAAGAAAAGAAAGAGAGCUCGCACAGAAAGAGAUAGAAAAACUUAGAACUAGUAUCCAAACACUGACUAGAAGUGCAAAUCCACUAGGAAAAAUUAUGGACUAUAUUCAGGAAGAUAUGGAUAGCAUGCAAAAAGAAUUAGACAUUUGGCGGAGAGAAAACAAAGAACAUGAAAUAGCGUUAAGAAGAGAAGAAAGCAUAACAGAAAGUGAGAUCGCACCCUUAAAAUCACAGCUAGAAGAACUAGACACAGAAAUAACAGAAAUGGUCGACAGGAUAAGCACAGUAAAGUGUAACAUCUUGAGAAAUGACGAAAAGAUUCAGAAAAUGCUCUCUAGCGUAUCAUUAACAUCAAGAUGAAAGGGACUGCAAUGGUGCGGUGCUUGUAAAAAUGUAAAAUAAUGCUCCUUGUAAACAGCACACGGAGCUAUCAGUGUACAAAGAAACUUUCGACUCGAGUAUUUAUUUUACCAAACAAUUCCUCUCCGUGAUAGGGUCUUUGAAAAUCUAGAGUUGACAAAGAAGAUUAAGUGAAGACCUUUGUUUCUUGAGGUGAGGUAGCUAUGAGGCACCAACGAUAUACAGGCUUUAAACUACUUUAAACUACUGCCAAUUAAUAUAUGAAUAAAAAUUUGUAUCAUAUUUCAAUUCCCCUUUGCUCACCUUAAAAUCCUACCUCAGAGAACCAAGACAACGGUUUUUUGUUCAAGACAAGUUGCUAGAGGUUUGACAUUGCUUAACGGUGCUAUGUGACCGGGAAAUUUUUUUUUGCGCAGUUUCUGGUGAUCGCUUUUUCAUUGGAGGUUAAGUGAAAAAGGGUCGUAAAGUAAUUUGAUCGCUUCCUUGAGGAUUACUCAGCAACCGCAGUUGUUCCGUCUCUAUCGAUAGAUCUGUUCUAAAGAGGAAGAGUGUCGCGUCUAGCAUUUGUUGUUCUUCAAACUUUGCCGUUGGUUCUAAUCGACCUUUAAAGACUUGCUUGUCCCAAAAGCUGUUGGGAACUUUCAAUCGUUAAAUCUUGAAAAAAAAAA